UGAAAGUGAUCACGAUGAAUAUGAUGAACAACCUGACUUAACACAUCGAGAGUCAUAUUCGGAUGAAAAUGACCAUCAGACGGCCGACGAAAAUGAUGAAGUCUUGCAACCUCAGCAACUGCUAACGAAUGAUAACGUUACUGAAGAUGAGGAACAAGAAGAAGUCGAAGCAGGAGAGCAGCAAGAAGAAGAAGCUGAUGAACUGCGUGUUAAUUCAAAUCAAAAUAAUAAUCGUCAAAAUAAUCGCUACAAACAAAAUAACAAUCAACAAUUUCAGCAGUUACGCCAAGAUCUUCUGGAUGUGACAACACAGUUAGCAACAAACGUCCAAGCACAUAUUUCAAAUCUUGAUAAGAAAUUGGGACGUAUAUCUAAACGAAUGCAUCAAUCAUCUGUAAGGCAAUACAGUUUUGGAAGAUACCGAACAGGGGGUGAUACAUUUCCAACAGACGUUGUAAGCUUGUCUAUCUUUCUACUUAGUCUCAGUUCAUUUAUUUGUCUGAGCCUUUUUUUGCACGAUUACAAUGGACAAAAUUUACUCGACAUAUAUGCUAGGGGCGAUCAUACAAAAUAUGCCAGGGAAAUAUUAAAAAUUUUAUUUACAAAUGCUGAAAUGAGUCGUUCAAGUUUAAUGCCAAAUCCAAUAUUUUCAAAACCCGGUUUAGAUCCAGCUAGAAUGGCCAUUUUCAAAAAUGCUGUUAGUGCAAAAUUUCAGAUUGCUCCUACUCAUUGGAAUACAUUUUUUACAGAUUGUUUGCAUCGUACACUCACACAAUUGAUUUGUGAUGUUAGAAAAAAGUAUAAUCGAGAAUUAUAUCAACGACAGAUGCAAACAACAAGUGAUCAAGUGACAACAGCUACUGUUUAA